CUCAUUUCGCUCGUUGAACUUUUCUUUUCGCGGGUGUAAGCAAAAUAUUUUAUUUCAUUGAAAUCAUCAAGUUUCUUGACUGUAACGAGCUUUGUUUGCUAUACUCGAGUACUGAUAAGUUAAAUCUCUGUGACUACUAUGUAUAAUGCAGAUUGUUGACUGUGAAUUCAUGUAAAUCAUGAUGAAUCAAAACAAGAACGGUUGGAUUUUAUGCCCAUCAAAAAGUUUUCCUGGUAAAUUUUAUUACUUUAACGUUUUGAAUGGCGAAACAGCGUGGAGUUUAAAUGAGAAUGAUAGCCAAAGUUUCAAAAGAGAUUAUAAAAUCACAGAUAAAUCGCACUCCUACCCCGAACCGUCCAGCCCGCCGAUUGAUAACUCCCACAACAUAUCUUUCCCGAACAACUCCUUUAUGAAAAGGACAAUUUACAAUCCAAUGUCGAAGAAAGUGAUCAACAACACACAGAUGCAAACGUUCGGUCAAGCGAUCUUUCCGAAGUACGUUGAACCGUACAUGCCUAAUAUAAUAUGGACUCCGAUUCAGCUUCCUCCACCGAUAUAUGCUAUGAAUGCUCCUGAUAUGGGCAUGAAGAUGCAGACUUUUGACCCAGCCGCACAAGUUGACACAGACCGGAUCUUGGUCCAAACUUGUGAUAUGAGCAUGAAUAAUCGUUUUGGGAUGUACACAAAACAUGCAAGCGUCCGAAAAGCUGAAAACAGGGCGUUUUCUAACAAAUUCUAUGAAACGUCAACGCCUAUUAAAAGUUUCGACAAGAGAAUCAUGAAUAACUCGCAAAUAUUUGGUUCUAAACACAACAGUUUUCAAAAACCUGAAGAGAUUAAGGAGAAAUCAAUUAUAAGAGAACCAAUGCUCAAAAGACCACGGACCCAUUUCGAGUCUGGACAACGGUCAAACAUCUUGCCUGGUCUUAAUCGAUCGAACUCUACAGAGAGCCUGCUGAAUUUGGAUAACUCUGCUCACAUGAAAUCAACUUUAAGUGGAGGCAGUAAAGGUGAAAGUAGUAAAGAAGCCAAGCAGGCUGACGAACUGGAUUGUAACGAUUUGAGAUACCUGUUGGAGGCUAAAAGAAGGAAAUCGGUGGAUUUGGGAGAUCUACGCAUGAAUACAGAAGUUUCAGGUAGAAAAAUAAAAACUAGGAAAGAAGAAACGCCAAAAACGACCCCGAAGAAGCGAGUGACCUUUGACCUCGGGGACCAGGUUAGCAGCGAAGGCAUCGAUGAUCAGAUGGAAGAUGAUGACAUUCUACUAGCGGAUGAAGAAUUUGAUCAGGAAGUAGAGGAUAAGACUGUAUACAUUGCUAUCGAUUUGGAUACGUUACUGGACGAGUACGACUUCAUUGAGGAGUACAUUCAAUCAGAUGACAACCGCAAGCUGUUGAUACCGCGCAAACUCCAAGCUGACGUAGAAGCAAUUUGUCUCGGAGACUGCAAAGGGCGCCAGCGUGUUAUAGCUGCUAGACAGAUCACUAGGAAGCUUGUCUCGCCGCCAGCGCACUACAUGCCCAUCCCAGACCCGGCAGCCAGUCCCAACAGUGGGCAGGGCCUCGUAUUGGACAAUCAUGCUGAUAACUACAUCCUCAACACUUGUUUGGAAGUCAUCUACUCUGGUGAUCAUGUGAUGUUAAUAACCGACAAACCAGAAUUAUACAAUGAUGCCAAAUCUCUAAACAUAGAUUGCUUCAAAACUAAAGAACUAAAAGAUGGCGCUUGCAACACCAAAACAGAAGUGUCGUUCGAUUUGAAAAAGGUUCCUCAAAACAUUUCAAACGAAAAUACAAACUUAUUCUUGCAACCGGCGAGCGAAUUUGAGCCUUACAUCGUUAAGAAUAAAGAAGGAAACCCAGCAAAUCCGUUAUACGAUAAGAUUCUAGAGGAAAUGAACGCCGACUCCAAUUCUAGAAAGAAAAAUAGUUUUAAAGACGCCAACACUUCUCCUAUAGAUGGCAAGCUAUUGCGUAUGCGUGACAAACAAAUUGAUACAAAUAAAAAAGUAAUAACUAUGCCACAGAUCGAAAAAAGUUUCGAAAACACUGUCCAAAUAGGUUUGGACAUGCAGAACCUCUUUAUAAAAGAAAACAAAAACGAAGUGCCACCAGAAAAACAAAACGCUGUCAGAUUUGAAAAUGGAACAGAAAAAACAAUAGAAAUGGCAGAAAAAAGUUCGAAUAUAAACUCUUUGGAUGAUCUUUUAAGUGUUUACAGCGUUAAAAAUAAAGAAAUGGAGGAUAAUAUUAAAUUGAGAUUGGACGAAUGGAUAUGUUCUUUCGCGCAGUUAAUGGAAGAGGCACUCGUUGAAGUUUUGGUGCAACAUUCACCAAUCACAGACAAGCUCUCCCCGCCAUGGGUGUUAUAUGACUCCAUCAGAAGAAUACAGGAGUUGUAUGGCUCUCAUUCAGAAGUGAACAUGGUCACUGAUAAACUUAAAUGUAUGCUGUUGAACCAUAGCAGCCAAAUUGGUAAAUUUAAGUCAUCCAUCAAGCCGAAUGAUUUCGUCAAGAUUGUAGGAUGCGGUAUGAUUUUGGUUGAGACGUUGAAGUCGGUCCAACCAUCAGUAUCUCUACAAGAGACAUCGGACGCCAUCUCGUCGCUGCUACAAAACAUGUCUCGCCCCCCAGAAGUGCCUGAGUUCACCACGCCUUUAGUAUGCAGGGAGCGCGAGCGAACGGCCGAGGAAAGACGAAACUAUGUGAAAAGGCCUUCUGAAAUAAUACAGUAUUUGAAGGCACACUUCGAAGAUUGGAAAGACUACGAAAUACCGCAAGAUUAUGACAGCGAAAUGCAGCCCGGACCUACUGUAGUAAGGACUACCGGCAAAGACUUGAAUCUACUAAACAUUGAUAAAGACAAAUCUAUUACUUUAAGAUCUCAUACGAUCAACCUCAUGAAAGCAGUAAAUGAAAACGACACGACUGCAUUCGAAAAAGCCCAAAAAUCUACCAAAAUCGACGGUAUAUACGCUAUCAACGAUGAAAAAUCUAAAUACCAAUUCAACACUGGCAACAUUAAAGAAUCCCCCAUUGUGUUUCGGAAGUUUGACAGCUCGUUCAUUUUCAAAAUCAGAAAUGACAACAAGGCAACAGCAAAAAAUGACAUUGAUGUAACUGAAAAUGUAGAAAUAUUCAAAAGGCAUGAAGCAAAUGUAUCUAAAAAUGUAGAAUUGCCAAAAGCAAAAGAUAAUGUAGAAAAUUUGACAAAUACUAAGUCUAUUAAUAAUACAUUUACAAAUGAAAAAACAGAACCUAAAAUCAUAAGAACGUUUGAUAUUUUCAAACAAAAAACUAACGACAGUGCCAACAAAGAUAAUUUAAACAUGCCUAAUCAUGGCAACACCACAGAAACGGCUGGACCGAAAGUGGUGAGGACGUUCGACAAUUUGUUCUUGCCAAAAUCUAAUGAUAAAACCCCCAAAGAUAUAAUAGAGGAUUUGAACGUCCCUCAACAUGGCAACACUUUUGCUGACAACAAAACAACUGGACCGAAAGUGAUAAGGAAUUUGAAGCCCAUCGACGCUUUUGAAGACAAAUUGAAAGAUGACAAUGAAAAACUAGACCUGGAUGCCCUAGAUUAUUCUGAAAUAGACAGAUCUAUGUCUGAAACUGUCAUAAUCGAAAACGAAUCGAUUGAGAACGUCAGUUUUGUCUACGAAAUCAGAAAUCGACCGAAACCGACCAUUGACAAGAAUGUGAUAGAAAUUCACGAUACGGAUAGCAAAAGCACUCAAGUGAUAGUAAAUAAUGAUAGCGCGUUUAAUGAUAGUAAUGAUAAAGUUAAUGAUUCGUUAGUUAACAAUUGCAAUUCGACGAUAGAUGAUGCAAAACCUAAUGACGAUGCGACUAAUGACAGUGGUUUUGAAAAUGAAGGGGUGCAAGCUUAUUCGCUGGUGAAGAUAUUUUUGGCUGAGCUAAGCGUCUCUGUGAAGGAGAUUUAUGAAUUUAUAAUGAAAAGUAUAAAUGAGUUUCGCGAGGACGAAACUCAGGAGGAAAAGAGACGGAUGCUGCAUGAAAGAGCCAACACGACCCACGUGAUCAUCGCUGAAAUCAUAGGCAAUUUGAAAAGAAUCAUCCAAAGAGAGGCUAACGAAGACACGUCCAUCAGAGCCUUGCUUUUAAAAGCAGGCGCCCAGGCUACCGGUGACAAACGAAUGACUAGGUACAGGCAAGUGGUGAUGAAAUGUCUGGAACAAGCCCAGAUCUUGGAGAACGCACUGAAAACUGUGCUGGUGUUGACAGACGACCUCGAUGCUUCGGUCAGCAACUAUUCUAACCAGACUGGUACGCGGUAUUUUAAUAUAUUCGAGUGAUUUAUGAAAAGAUAAGAAAGAGAGAAUAGAAGAGAGAAGAAUAAUAGAAGUUAUUAUUGGUAUGUAUAUUAUAUAGUCUGGU